GAAGAUUUCGAUAGCCUGUGCUCUUCAACUUCAGCGCCAGCACCGUCAGGUUUCGGCUUGUACAUUUUUCACAGGCAUGGUAUUUGGAUCUGUCCUCUCCAGUGUGCGUACCCACAUGCGCAUGCGUCCCGACGUUGAAAGAAAAAGGGAACGCGCUGUAACAGAGAGAGAAAGCGUUUCAGUAAACCGCUAUAUGUGCCUGCAGACUUCAUGCCACUCUUGUUUCCGCUACAUUGUUCCGAGGGAUGAACUUUGAUGCUCACAUCACAUCCCUGCUUCUACCCGGGUGUGUGUGCGCUGCAGGCAGACGCAUAUUUCUCGUUUUCCCACGCAGUGUGUGUCACCAAAAGCAACGUGAACUUGGUUGCAACAUCAUUGUACUGUACAACAGGCUCGCUCCGCGGAUUGAAGCUCAUCUGUCGGGCGGCACUGCUUGGGAGAAGCCCAGACUCAUUACAUCUGUACCACUGAGGAGAUAAUCAUCGGAAAUGAAAGAGGGAAAAGGAUAACCUCAUGCACUGUGUAGACAUGAGAGGACCAAGGAGCACGUGAAGAUGUCCCAGAAGGCAACUAAAACAUGGUGCCUUAGGCUUCUCCCAAUCCUCCUCUUCUUCAUCUCCUUUGUCACAUACUACUGCUCCUAUGCCAUACUUCAGAGCUACGGAGGCACCAGCAAGUCUCCGAACAGUAGCAAGUCGCUGUGUGGUGGUUGGCUAACCCAGAAGAAGUGGGAGAGUCUUAACUUUAACAUUAGCCGACAGACGCAGCUCUUCCUGAAACUGGAGGAUUUCUUCUGGCGGGAGCAUCUGUCAAAGCUGGCAUUACCUUAUGGCAUUAAGGGCAGUGAGCUGCUGCUACUAAAAGUUCUUGCUGUAAUUGCAAAUUACCAGGUGCCAGCCAGCAUUGAAAACCUGGAAUGCAGAACCUGUGUAGUCAUAGGCAACGGCUUUGCCAUUAAAAACAGCUCGUUGGGAGGCAUCAUCAACAAAUAUGAUGUGGUCAUUCGGUUGAAUGAUGCCCCAGUGAGAGGCUAUGAGGAGGAUGUGGGGAACAAGACCACCAUGAGGUUCUUCUACCCCGAGUCAGCCUCUUACAACCCUGCACUGCACAACGAGCCCGGCACGCUUAUGGUCCUGGUGCCUUUUAAGCAGCAAGACCUCCGCUGGCUCAAAGAGAUCCUCUAUAACGAGAAGAGGGUCAGGAAAGGCUUCUGGAAGCCCCCUCCCCAAAUCUGGUUGGGUGACGUUAAUAAUAUCAGAGUGCUGGACCCCCACUUUCUGCACCACACUGCAGACAGACUGCUUCAGAUCCCUUUGCACCCCAGGAGUAAACAGCCAGUGCAUCCUACGACGGGUAUCCUCGCUGUGUUUGUUGCUCUCAACUACUGUGAUGUGGUCCACAUUGCUGGUUUUGGAUACCCUAACACAAAGAGCCAAAGGCAGCCUAUCCAUUACUAUGGAUAUGACACCAUGAAGUCUAUGAAGAAUUCUUACCAUGACCUCAAUCACGAAGCAGAAGCCUUAAAAAGACUGGAGGAUUUGGGAGCCAUUUUGUACCUGCACCCACAUUUAUGAUACACACACUUUUACAGUUUGAUUUAAUCCAAAAAACGAUUGAACACCAAAUCAUGACUGAAUUUGGUUUGGGUCAUCCUGUCCAAAUCAGAUCUCAAUGUGCCUUCUGUGGUGAGAUACAAGACCUUUCGCGCCAUCAUCUGGUGAUACAAGUGUCACAGGUUGAACUCUGAGGAAUGUUUUUCUCCCCGGCGCCUUAUAUUCUGUUAAACAGAAAAAAAAAGAAAAGUGAUUUAACUGCUUUUUUAAAAUGGCGUUCCUUCAGUUUGUCAAAUACAGUGACACGGCCCAGUGUUUUGCAAAUUGCUUAAAGAGGUUUGUAACUUUUAUGGGUUUUAAACCAUGACUUUCAAAGUGACUUUGCAGGACACUAACUAUGUAAUAGCAAAAUUAUGUCUGAUUAUGUCUGCAUUUUGGGUAAUUCCAGUGCUUUGAUGUUUUUAGGGCCAUGUGAUUAAUGUGGGCUGUUAUUUUUGUGCAGAGAUUUCAUGCAUAUCAUUGAGCUGCGAAACUAAUCAGACCAGAUCAUUUCUCACUGUAUACACUCACCACGGUUUGAGAUUCAUUUUUCAGAUUUAUCAAGUCAGAAUCUGUUUUAUGGUAAAGAGGUGUUUUAGAAUCUGUGGGGACUUUAUGUGAACUUCACUUUCAAUGUACAUGUUAGUGUAAAUGAAAUCAAAAUGAGCUGACUGCAGACCUGAUUCACACAGGAUUAGAUCCACCUUACUUUUAGAUUUCUUGGACUGGAAAUACAACUUGUAUUUUGCCUAUUUUUUAGAGUUUUGAUUACAGUUUUCUGAGGGGUUUAAUUUAUUCAAUCUUUUUUGAGAAAUAUUACCUGUAAAAUGGUACCACUGGAUAUUUUUUAUUGUACAGAAUUAAAUAAAUUUUAAAUUGAAAUGAAAUCA